UUUUAAUGCUUUUCCUGCUGAUAGCAAACUGCUAUUCCACAACAUGCUGAAACAUGUUGCUGUUUACGUUCUUUGCACAUUCACUUUAAUGCUGCUAGCAACUGCUGCUGAUGUUUACAAGAAUCUUUUAUUUACACACUGCUCCAUACAGACUGUACACUGCCAUGCAGUUCUGCAGGCUUCAUCACUGUGUCCUGGUCUUCCUCAUCCUCACAUUCACCACUGCUCCUGUAUCAGCUCUUGAUGUCUGUCCUACACGAGUGAAGCUUCAUCAGUCAGUGACGCUCUCAUGUAAACAUCAGUGUUCUGGUUUAUUACAAUGGGCCUUAUAUAAUAAUCGAGAUGUUGUCCAGACUCGGUGUGAUCAGACAUCAUGCAGGUCGGAGAAGGGAUUUAGCAUCUCUCAUGAUCAGUACCUGAAAGGAGAUCUCUCUCUCACCAUCACUGCAGCUGAUUACAGUCAGAGGAACGUGUAUGCAUGUGAAUGUGAAGACUCAGACUUCUCUUAUGUUCGCCUCAUCAUAGAGACUGUGUUCUCACCAGUUCAGAUGAAGUUUGGUGAAGAUCUGAAGCUGCAUGUGUCUGUACCAGAACCAGUGGAGGUGAUUUAUAAAAGCAGUGGUUCAGCUGAUGAAGUGAUCUGCAGUGUGAAUAAUCGCUCACUGCAGUGUAAAGAUAAAUACAGAGACAGAACAUCACUCACUUACCCUGAGCUCACACUGAGACACAUGGAGCCGAGGGAUAGUGGAAGUUACACCAUCCGGGACACGAAGAAUGAGGAAGACAUUCAGAUAUACGCCGUCUCUGUGGAAGAAAAGUCUGGUUUUCCUGUGUGGGGGAUUGUACUGAUAGUCCUAAGUCUGCUCUGCUGCUGUGUUGGAGUGGGAAUAUACCUACUGUGGAGAAAAGAGGCAAUAUUGAAGAGGCGACUUGGUCAAGUGGAUCAGCUUGUACAGCAGGCUGUAGGAGGGACAGAGGAGAACAUAGAUGAAGCAGAGAUGUCAGUCGAUCAGCUGAAGCAGCAGUACAUCAACACUGAGUAUUCAGACAAGGUCAAAUUAUUCUGCAAUGAAAAAAGGAAACAGCUGCAGCAGCAUAGAGAACGUCUAAGGAGAGAAGAGUUGGAGAGGCGGCAGCAACAUGUGGAGCAGCUUGUACAGCAGGCUGAAGAAGGGACAAAAGAGAACAUCAGGGAAGCGAAGGAGUCGCUUGAUCAGCUGAAGCAGCAGUAUGAGAACACUGAAUAUUCAGACAAGGUCUCAGUGUUCUGCAGGGCAAAGAGGAAACAGCUGGUGAACAGGCGACUGCUACAAGUGGAACAGCUUGUACAGCAGGCUGAAGAAGGGAAAGAGGAGAACAUCAGAGAAGUGGAGCAGCAGAUCAAGCGGCUGGAGCAGCAGUACUCUGAAUAUUCAGUACGAGUCUCAUCAUUUUGCAGUGCAAGGAGGAGGCAGCUGAACUGGUACAGAGUACAGCAUAGCAAUGACGAACGUCUAAUGAAUGAGGGAAAAAAGUUGAACAGCCGGCUGCUAUAUGUGAACCAGCUCGUACAGCAGGCUGAGGGAGGAACACAGCAGAACAUUAGAGAAGCUGAGAAGGAGCUUGAUCAGCUGGAGCAGCAGUACAAGAACAAGGAUUAUUCAGAACAAAUCAAAUUCCUCUGCAGGGUAAAGAGGAUAGAGCUGAAGCAAUACAGUGGACAACCCAGCAAUGAACAACAUCUAAUGUGUGGGGAUGGAGAGUUGCAAAGGCAACAGCAACAAGUGGAACAGUUUGUACAGCAGGCUAAAGACGGAAAAAUUGAGAACAUCAGGGAAGCAAAGGUUGAGAUUGAUCACCUGGAGCAGAUGCAGUACCUGAACACUGAAGAUGUAGUACCGGUCACACCGUUCUCCAUGUUAAAGAGGGCAGAGCUGUACUGGUACAGACUACUGAACAGUGAUGAAGAACAGAUAAUGACUGAGAAAACAGAGAUGAAGAAGAAGCUGGAGAAGGUGAUGGAUGGUUUACAGAAGCUCAGAGAUGGAGCAGAGCGAAAGCAGAAGAUACCAACCUCCACAGAGGUGAAUGAGAUGCAGGAAGACCUAAUGGAGAUUGAAAAAUGGUGUGGAGAGAUGAAGAAGGAGAUAAAUGACCUCAUAGAGCACAGAGGUGGAGCUGUGUGAGACCAGCACACUUAAAUUCUAGAUUCCAGGAGGAUUUUGUGAAAAUGGGAAUUUUAUCAGGAUUAAAUUAUUUUAUUUAAUUAAUUUUUGAAAUAGUGCAAUAGACAGCUGUGUGGUUCUGGUUUUGUUGGUUCUGCUUCUCUGUUAUAUACACAAAUAACAUCUGUCUCUACUGAUUCUGCUCCUGAGACUUCAUGAAACAGCUGUUUAUCACCAUGAUUUGGACUGGAAAUUAAAACAUUAUAGUCGGGAAAAUGAAUUCUAAAUGAUUUCAACUGGAAACAUCAUCACAGUCCAGUGCAAACUCUGUGUUGCAGCAGUGAAGACGGUGCCUCUAUAGGACAUUUUAUUUAAAGAAGCAUGUUCAGGAGACACUAGCAAACAAUCCAUGUUAGCUCAUUUAGCUCUGAUUAUUUACUGUUAGUUAGUGCUGUGAAAUGUCCUGCUCUGUGGGACAGUCAGAGACAGGAAAGAGAACUGCCCUCUCCUUCCUGUGGGAGAAAGUGCAGGGGAUAAUAGAGAAGUGAUUUGGUGCUUUUCUUGUUCACUGAAUGAAGAUCUAGACAUAAGAAGGAAAUAAAUGAACAGAUUCAGUGGUUGAUGAUCCGUGCCAUCAGACUAACUCUUGUCAGGAUUAAACUCUGCAGGAUUCCUGAAGUUUCUCCUACCAGAUUUACUCUGAUCUUUCUUUCAUCAGCAACACAAUUCACUUCAUCUCUUCUGACUCAUUUGAUUAAGAAAAAAAGCUUUUCUGUAUUUUCUGUCACAGAAACAUUUCUGUGGUGUAAAAAUAUUUCUCUUGCAUUUUUUUAUAUUAAAGAGCAGCAUCGCUGUUUUAUAUCUUGUGCAGUAAUACACACUUACAGCUACACAAACAUAUACAAAAUACUAACACUUAUAGCUACACAAACAUCUAAAACACUAAUAUAUACACAGUUACAGCUACACAGACAUAUACAACACUUAUAUACACAUGGUUACAGCUACACAAACAUAGCCAACACAUAUAUAUACACACAAUUACAGCUACAUAAAUCAUUUA